CACUUUGUCUUCUUCCACCCAUCUAAGCAAGCUCAUAUAUAUAUAUAUAUAUAUAAUCAUCAUCUAUACCUAUACGUACAUAUUAUAUAUAUAUAUUAUAUAUCACCUUCAAGUUUUGAUUUUUAACAUUCAGAUUCCAUUAUAUACUUUUUAUACUAUUUGGGUUGGCAUAGUUAUUGUCAUUGUUCUUGUUCUGAUCUUCAAACUCCAUCAAUGUCUUCCUUUCAAAGAUUCGAUUCUCAAUCAUACGCUCCCUCUGCUCCUUCUCUCCCCGACGACGCCUACAAUUACACUUCUACCCCUCAUCCUCCUCACCCUUCUUCUUCUUCUUCUUCUUCGUCUCGUCCUGGGAAUAACUUCGGCUAUAAUCCGACCCAAAUUCAUGGCCAUCACGGGACUCCCUCGUAUGCCCAACCCGGUUCUUCUUUUUCACACGGAGGUCAACCGGGUUAUCCAUACGGGCAAUCGGGUGGUUCUUUGUACGGACAAACGGGUUACUCGGGUUUCCCACAAGGGACGAGUCCUGAUGUGAUUCGGAGCUUUGAGUUGGUCGAUAGAGAUCGAAGUGGGUUCAUCGAUGAAAAUGAGUUACAGCAAGCACUUUCUUCUGGGUACCAAAGGUUUAGCCUUAGAACUAUUCGCUUGCUCAUGUUUCUCUUCAAGAAUCCCCAAGACCCUCUCAGAAUUGGUCCAAAAGAGUUUUCAGCACUGUGGGCUUGCCUUGGUCAAUGGCGCGGCAUAUUUCAGCGAUAUGAUAGAGAUAGAAGUGGGAAAAUUGAUCUGAUGGAGCUAAGAGAUGCUCUUUUCGGUCUAGGCUAUGCAGUCCCAGCUUCCGUUCUUCAACUUCUGAUUUCCAAGUAUGACAAUGGAAGUGGACAAAGAGUUGAACUUGAUUUCGACAGUUUCGUUGAAUGUGGGAUGAUUGUCAAGGGUUUGACCGAAAAAUUUAAAGAAAAGGAUACGCGGUAUUCUGGAUCUGCAACUCUUAAUUACGACGAAUUCAUGUGCAUGAUCAUCCCAUUUCUUGUGUCCUAUUGAAUCUGUGUGUUCUUCACAUAGGCAUCUUUUUCCACCCUGUAAAAUACUCUCAUGAAAUUCUUUGAAUCAGUUUUGGCCUUGUAAGUUGUAUGUACAUUUGUUAGGUUUCUCUCCUCUUGUUAUUUAGCAUUUGCUUUUGGUAUUGUAUUAUUUUGUUCUAGAAAUGAAAAUUGAAACUCAGAACCAGAAAAUGUUGGUAUUA